AUGGCUGGGAAGGUGCUGUCGCUGCUGCCGCCGUUGCUGCUGGCCGCGGCGGGCCUCGCCGGGCUCCUACUGCUGUGCGUCCCCACUCGAGACAUCUGGGAGCUGCCCGCCCUCAAGUACGGCAUUGUCCUGGACGCGGGCUCUUCGCACACGUCCAUGUUCAUCUACAAGUGGCCUGCAGACAAGGAGAAUGACACAGGCAUCGUGGGCCAGCACAGCUCCUGUAAUGUACGCGGAGGGGGCAUCUCCAGCUACGCAGACGACCCUUCCAGGGCUGGCCAGAGUCUCGUUGAAUGCCUGGACCAGGCGCUUCAGGAGGUGCCCAAGGAGAGCCAUGUGCACACGCCCCUCUACCUGGGAGCCACAGCAGGCAUGCGCCUGCUCAACCUGACCAGUCCCGAGGCCUCGGCCAAUGUGCUCGCGGCUGUGACCCGGACGCUGACCCGGUAUCCCUUCGAUUUCCGUGGUGCCCACAUCCUCUCGGGCCAGGACGAGGGGGUGUUCGGUUGGGUGACGGCCAACUACCUGCUGGAGAACUUCAUCAAGUAUGGCUGGGUGGGCCGGUGGUUCCGGCCAAGGAAGGGGACGCUGGGGGCCAUGGACCUGGGGGGCGCCUCCACACAGAUCACCUUCGAGAUGGCCAGCCCAGCCGAGGAUCCAGCCAAUGAGGUCCGGCUGCGGCUCUAUGGCCAGCACUACUGCGUCUACACCCACAGCUUCCUCUGCUAUGGCCGUGACCAGGUCCUCCGGAGGCUGCUGGCUGGUGCACUCCAGACCCACGGCUUCCACCCUUGCUGGCCGAGGGGCUAUUCUACCCAAGUGCUGCUUCAGGACGUGUAUGAGUCUCCGUGUACCGCGGCCCAGCGGCCCCAGACCUUCAACAGCAGCACCCGGGUCAGCCUGGCAGGGAGCAGCGACCCUGCCCUCUGCCGUGGCCUCAUCUUAGGACUCUUCAAUUUCUCCUCCUGCCGCUUCUCCCGAUGUUCCUUUAAUGGCAUCUUCCAGCCCCCAGUGGCCGGGAACUUCAUGGCCUUCUCUGCUUUCUUCUACACCGUGGACUUCCUAAGGUCUGUGAUGGGGCUUCCCGUGGCAACCCUGCAGCAGCUGGAGACAGCCGUAGUCACCGUCUGCAACCAGACGUGGAGUCAGUCGCGGGCAGACUUAGGGGGCGCGGGGAAGCGGGGGACAAAAGGCCAGCCCGAGGUCCAUGCGGAGGGCCUGGAGCUUCUCCUGUUGCCCUGA